AGCGCUUCCGCUUCCGGCGGUCAGAGCGCGGAAGGGCACGUUCGCGCUUAGCGUGUGCCGCGCGGCAGCGAGCUCGGGGGCCGCGCCGGCAGGAGAAGGUGACAUGUGGCCGCCGCCGCCGCUGGCCUGGCUCCUGGCGGGCCUGCUGUUGGCUGUCCGUUGCCGGGAGGCUGCGGCGGCGGCCCCUUCCCCCGACAGUGUCGCCGCCGCUUCCCCGCGCCCCACAGAGGUGGCCGACGUGGGCGCCACGCGAAGCAGCAGCAGCCGCCUGGCCGAGGUGUCGGCGCCGCCCGAGCAGGGCCAGCCCAUGACCCAGCGCGCUCUGUCCGUGCUGCUGCUGGCCAGCGCCGCCCUCAUCGUCUACUUCGUGAUCCAGACCGUCCGGCUCAGAAGGCGAAACAGAAAAACCCGAAGAUAUGGAGUUUUGGAUACAAACAUAGAAAACAUGGAACUGACCCCAUUAGAGCAAGAUGAUGAGGAUGACGAUACAACACUGUUUGUUGCCAAUCAUCCUCGAAGGUUAUUUUUGUGGUUGCUGGACUCUGCUUAUGGUGGUUCUAAAACUCAAUGGGAACUCAGCCUUGGCUCCAUUUUUGGUUAUGUUUUUUAGACAUAAAUAUCAUCAUGUCUUUAUGAGUCUACAAUGUUAGAUUUUACAGCUUUAUCCAGUUCUUGGGGGAACACCCUUAAAAAGAAUCAAAGGUGACAUUUUCCAAGGUGGUUCAACCUGCCUUCCUCUGAUGCUUUUUUGCUGUAUGGUUUCAGUCCAGUUUGCUCGUUGGCUUUCACACAGCCAUUUCUUUGCAAGAUCAGAUGGUCUUUAACUUAGCUGCAUGGUAUUAGAGGACAAUGCAGCUCAAGAUUUUUUCUUCUUGUGUGUCUCUACCAUGUUGUUGGUUUACCCACAAGCAAGAGAAAGUGGUUUUGAACAGCUUUGCAUCCACUUUGCAUGCAAAAAUAUCCAGGUGUAUUUUGGGUACUCAGGUUUGUAUAGCUGCUCCUGUAGGAACUUAGAUUAAUUCAUUUUGGAAUGUAAUAAUUUCUCUGGGAUUUGUGAAGGAGCUCAAACUGUGAUCACUUCAUCAGAUAGGUGGUGUAGUGUGGCAAAAUCAAAGAUCCGCAUUUCUCCGAAGUAGAAACUUUAGUAUUCCCAUCUCUCUGCCAUACAGCCAGAAGAUGGGAAGUCCUGGGAGACUAGUAGAGCUCUCAGUUUUCAGAGCUCCUUUGAUUGUUUCAAAACAAGUUUUGUUUGGAAUCUACUUUUUGGAAAAUUUAAAAAAAUGGACAGAAUGCAAUAUUACUUAGCAUUAUACUCAGAAUAAAGUAACCAUUCUUGAGAGUUCCUUACAGAAACAUCCCUUUCAAUCAAUGUCUAUAAAGUCAUAAAUGUGAUGCAAACUUACAAGUGUUGUUUACCACUUACCAUAACCUCCUAAAGUAAGACAUCAGACCUGAAAGGAAGGCAUUUUCUACCUAGCAUAAAGUGAAAACUGAUUGCCAGACAUUUUGCCACAGGAUAUUGUGCCUGAAAAAAAUAUGCACUUAACAAAUACAGAGAGCAAAAAUCCAUUGAUAUGGGAUAAUCAUGAGAACAGAAGACCAUAGUAGAAAUGAGGAACUGUCUGUACUUGCCUAUUUCUACCUUUUCUAUACAGAUCCAGUAGCUGCCAGUGUCUUAGAUGGCCUACCUGAGCAGAAGCAGCUUUGCUCUUCUUUUCUUAUGGUACGCUGUCCCAGAAAGGACAGGGUCACUGUGAAGGAGAGAAGGAGGAUAUUUGCUGGAAAUAGCAAGAAACCUGGAACCAGGUCUUUUUUCAUUGCUAAAGCAUGACGAAAUCCUAGAAUGUUUAAUGAAGCUAUGGCUGUGUUUAAAGCACACACUUGAAUAUCUUGUUAAAAGCCAAGAGCAGUUAAAAACCAACUCCAGUUUUAAUGAUCCAUAAGCGCUAGUUCAGGUUGAAGUAAUUUUUUUUUACCUUAUAGUAAGAAACAAAAGAAUGGAAUAAUUGCUGAUACAUGAAAAGAAGAAAAUCAUUAUGUUGAAAAGAAUGAGGUCCUUACUUUUUCCUGGGAAUAUAAAAUGUGUAAGUUUCUUAUUAAGGGCUAAACUUUCAAAGACUUCAACCUAUCAGGUGUCAGUUCAGGUUGUGUAAUUCUACAACUGUACCCAUAUUUUACUGCAUUAGAAUAGGAAUAUAUGUUCAGAUAUAAUUAUGUGCUUGAUUUGUGUUAGUUAAGCAUGAAAACUUAUAUAAAUUAUCAGGUGGAUCAUCCCUCACACAUACUGACACUGUGAUUGCUAAAAUGUUAUUUCAGUUUGGUUUUGGUUUUUAUAUUUGCUUCAAAUAAAUAGUUCCAGUUUUUGUGUUUGAAUCAACACCGUCAAAACUAUGUUACAUCUGAAACAGGGGUUUCUGUUUUCUCUGUAUGAUAUAGUAAAUAAAGAACAAAUUACUCCAUCAAAUAUAAAGGAAAAUAAGAAAAUUAAUAAUAACUAAUUAAUUAAUAUUAAAAUUAAUUGUCAAUGUUUUAUUUGUAACCUUUCAUGAAGGCUCUGAAGCAACAUAUUAGUAUAAAGGAUAAUAUAGCAAUUCUUAUGGUGAUGGGCUUCAUUAAAAUAUAAUUUAUUUCAGUAACCUUUCUACUCCUUGCACCAAAAAGCAAUGAUAUGUAACAAGUUAGAAUCUGCUGCCUAUACAUGUCCAAAAGAAGAGUUUAAGUAUUAUUAGAAAUAUAUAUUAAGAUGACAAAUUAUUAAACAUCCCUCUCUAAAAAAAACCAAACCAACACACACACAAACACAACACAACAAACCAGUUGGUUUCCCUGUUUUGAAUAGAAUAAAUUUUUCAGAAUUUUUCAUACCUGCUUUUUCAAUAUCUGAGGGCUUUUGUAGCACACCUCAAAGAAAUAUCUACAAAAUACAAUAGGACUCUGAAUUAGACAUAGCAAUACGUGAACAGUAAUCUAAUGGAAAAUUGUAUAUCAGCAACGAACCUAUCUUAAUCAUACUGUACCUUCCACAAAUUACUCAGAUCAUUGCACAAGUGGAGUGUAUUAAACUUUUCUCAUUUUAUCUUGCUUGGAGUAAUUAAAGAGAAUGUAGUGGGAAAACUAAUUAAAGGGAAAGUCUAAACAACAGCAAAGGCUAAUGACUUUUAAGCAGCAUUGGCAGAUAAGGGGUGUGGAAAUUUUGCAGCUUUUUUUAUUUAAUACAUAUAGACACUGAAUACUCGUUCAAAUGAUAUUUUCUUGGGUGCAAACCAAAAAUAGGAUCUAUAUCCUGUGAUACAUAAACACCUAUAAAUCACAGCAGUUCACUUCUGCUGAUUCUUCUCUUCAACUAAUAUCAUCAGUGACAGUACUGGCAAGCACCUGAGCAGUACUAGUGGGGCUUAUUGUAUCACUGAUACUGCAGCCACAGAUCACGCACAUCUCCUCCUCCAGUCCUGGGUCUUAGCUAUAGCAUUCCUCAACCCAUGGUCACACACAUCAGGCACGAAAGCUGGUUCUCUGAGACACCCUCCUUGGAUAAAGCCAAGGGGUCAGGGCUUGAGUUGUUUUGGUAACAAAAUAUUGUCAGGGUAGGACCUGGUGCUUUCCAACCUGGUCAUGUUUUGAACCUUGUUCUACAGAGGAUUAAGUAUUCGUCAUUCAUGUAGAGAACAUCAUAGCAGUUGCAGCUAGAAGAUUCCUGAGAGAAAGCAGGGAUCUGAUCCUUAUGACAGAAGUAAGAGCAAGGAAUAUUGCCAGCUGGUUUUGUGUGGCAUUUUACACAGUGCAUAGAAUUUGACAUAUUACCUCCUUUAAGAACAACAACAAAAAAGAAGUAAAAAAAAGUAUCUAUACAUUUUAGUGGCAUGAAAUACUUACUACAAAGAUAUUUCCUAUGCAAACUAUUUUACCUAUCAGAAUUAUGUUACAUAUAUACAAAAUUAAAAGAUCUUAAAAUUAAAACUUCAAAAAGCAAUGUGAUUUCAUUGAUGCUUUUAUGACAAACAAAAAUAUUUUCCUUUAAGGUGCAAAGACUGUUUUGUUAGUUUUAGUAUCUUUUAACUUGGACUAGUCAAGAGACUAUGUGUGUGGCAUAUCUCAGUGAUGUCAUGUAAAUAACGAAUGACAGUGUUUAGACAAGUGUUCGGUGUCGCCUUUUAGAAAAUCAAAUUACUGGGAGAGGAUGACUACAAACUCUUAAUGGUUUGUUUUAGAAACUUCAAUUACUCUGUGUAAUCUUGCUGUUAACAGGAGUGCACUUUUGAAACAAACUCAUAACUGUCCCCAUUUAGUAUGUUUUAGUUCACAUUACUGAAUGACAAGAUGCAAAGAAGACAGAAGAUGCCUUCUGAGAAUGCAUCUGUAGGGCUCCAACACUGAUGGUUAUUUAGUCCUUGGAACCAGAGUGGAGCUAGUCUGAGGUAAACUUCUGAAAUGCAUGUACUAUGGACAGUGGAGUCUCAAUUGUCUUUUUUUUUCUUCCCUACAAAUGCACUCCAUUUGUGAAGGUGAGCAUGACCUUAGAGGCCUAAAUUCAAAAUCUUACAACAGUAACAGGCAUUGCAAGCUGUGGAUAUGUAUGAUAUAGACUUACAGAAAUGUUCAAAAGGUUGUAUGUAUUAGGCUUUCCUGGUGUAAAGAAACAUAGCGUCAGCCUAAUCUCAUGGGUUAGACAGGUCAUCUCUGUGGCAGUUGCACUCACCCAGAUAAGACCCAGAACUUUCAAUAGCUGAUGGCUCUUUAAGCACCUAUUGUGCCCCACUGUGGCUGUCCCAAUGUACACACCUCAGUUGAUGUCGACCUUAGGUCCCCCCAACCCGGGGCUUGGUCCCUCCAAUCACACCUCCCCCUGGCUAGGUCAACAGACAGGGUCCUCAGCCAGCGAGGUGUCCCAAGCCCAGAAAAGCUUCUGGACCAUGCUCAUAAUGACCACAGAACAGAUCCAACCAUGCUAUAAAAUGGGCCACCUGACAAAGACCCCUUUGGAGAGGUCUCCUCAAAGCAGUGAGACUGUGAAUGAAGACUUCCCCUUAAAUCAGGGACACCUCCUAAGACGAAUUUCCAUGACUAAGAGCCCUCACCUUCUCCUUGGUGACUGUAUCUCUGGAUAUAUCCUUGACUGAACCCUUCACCCUGCCCCCUCUGCCCUGGACAAUGGAUUCUUGGUACCCUUGACUGAAGGAGGUUUCUCUCUUCGGUGAAUAUGUGCAUGCUGUGGAUCACCAUUUUUGUGUGGUCAUAUGGUAAUAAUAUACCUAACUGUUAUAUUGAACCUGCAGUUUAUUAAAAGUUGCUGAUUGAUUUCAGAUUACCCUCACCGUUUGUGUUGGUUUCUGUUGUUUGGUUUUGGUUUGUCAUUUGGUUUUGGUUCUGAAUUAAAGUUGGUUUAAGCUUACAUUUGCUUGGAGUUGUUUUGGGGUGCGUCCAUGACAAUCUCCUUGAGGGAAAAAUAUUAUAACACUAAUAGAAUAUCUACACUAUCUCAAUUAGAUCCUGCAUGGUUACUUCUUUCUGAAGCAAAAGAUAGUGUCCAAGAGGGCUCUUCCUGCCUUAUAAGGAUUGGGAACCAAAACUUGGCUAGCUCCCGAGAAUGCAGUGCAACAGUGAUUUGAAAGAUCUGUUAAUUAACCAACUUAACAGAAAUGUGAACUAUGCAAGAAGUCAACUAAAUAGAAUUGAUGUACAUAACCUUUAGUUAUCCCAACCUUUGUUUUUGUACAGAUCUCACAAAGUGCUUCAAAUAUAGGUCCCUCAGCCAGGACAGAGGGCUCAGAAAAAGCAGGCUUUGUGAUAUUUUUUUUUUGGCUGCACUUAAAAAAAUUAUCUGUUUCUUGUGCUUCCCCCAAGAUUUUUCACAGCAAUGCUGAUUGAGAGUGUCUGCUUCUCCAAAAGAUAACAGGCUUUGGAAAUAGAAAGAAAAUAUAUAAGGCAGUCAGCUGCCUGAAUAGCAGAACACUAUUAAAGAGUGAUACAUUGCAGAUGUAGUUGCAGAUACACAUUGAAUGGUUUACCAACAUCUUUUCAGAAAUCCCACCCACUCGAGGUGGCAGUCCCCCCAGAUAAGGCAUCACAAGAGCUCUGACAUGGGGUCUGCGGUUCUGAUGCACUGCUCAGACUUACCCCUCUCAUUGGGUAUGUUAAAUCAGCUCAGUUGGGGGAUGGGAAAAUGCAACUAGGAGGCCUAUAAUAGAGAGCUGAAGUAACAGGAUGGAGAGAGGUUCAAACAUGCUAUUUCAGCUGUUUCCAGUGUCAUUGCAUAACACCUGGAGGGAAGUUUCUUGACACCAAAAGAGGACUUAGGAAUGCUUUACUUGUCCUCAUUCUCAAGAGUGACAAGUCUUCUUGUCCACUUGAUGAUUAAUGACUAAAUCCUUGUUUUAUCAGGUAGUGAAACUCACUGUCUCUUUCCUCAUUCAGAAAAUGCAUAAAAAAAGAAGCUAGGAGGUCUCCUCGUCUCUAGCCUGCUCAAUGUUCUGUGCAAAAUUGGAACCUGACACAACUCCAGACUUCAGUGCAUGUCACCAAGGUGGUUUUCAAACCCAUCACACAUUAAGAGCCUCUGUUGUAUUCAGGUGCAGAAAGCAGAGGAGAGUGGGAGUGGGGGAUAGAGAGGAACCUGUGGGUUUAAAUUCCCCUAUGCAAAAAAGAAAUGGCGAAGGUGAAAUAUUGGAUAAAAAAGUGUGCCUGUUUCUACUAGAAGUGUUUUCGGAGAAAGGCCAGACAUAAACAACUGACUUCAGAAGGGAGUUUAGGACUUUAGGUGCUAGAUGUCCUCUGAGGUAAAAGUGGUGGCUAAUCUUGAGAUAGAGAGGGCUGCAGUCAGAUCUUGCUCCUCAGGUUUUUAUCAAGCCAAUUAACAAUUUCCUGCUGUUGACUGUUGUGGACCACCUUCUGAGACAAGGAGAGACCUAUGGAUGUCAUCUCUGUAAACUUCUGUAAGACUUCUGAUAUAGUCCCCCACAAUAUUCUUAGCUCUGAAUUGAAAAGAUAUGGGCUUGAUGGAUGGACUGUUAGAUGGAACUGUCUGGAUGACCAUGCCAAGGAGUUACGGUCAAUGGUUCCAUGUCCAAGUGGAAACCAGUAACAAGUAGUGUCCCUCAAGGGGCUGUACUAGGGAAAAUGCUAUUGAAUAUUUUCAUCAAUGACAUAAACAGUUGGACUAGACUGCACCCUUAACAAGUCUGCAAAUGACACCAAGCUGAGUGGUGCAGUUGAUUCCCUUGAAGGAAUGGGAUGCCAUCCAGAGUGACCUUGACAACCUUGAGAAGUGGGCCCAUGUGAAUCUCAUAAAGUUCAACAAGGCCAAAUGAAACGUCCUGCAGCUGGGUCAGGGAAACCCCCAAUAUCAAUACAGGCUUGAGGACUGGAUUUAGAGCCUCCCUGCAGAGAAGAACUUGGAAAUACGGGUGGAUAGAAAACUGGACAUAAGACAGCAACACGUGCUUGCAUACCAGAAAGCCAAUCGUACCCUGGGCUGUAUAAGAAGUGCGGCCAGCAGGUCGAGGGAGGUGAUUCUCCCCCUCUACUCUGCUUUCAUGAGGUCACUGCAUCCAGCUUUGGGAUCCCGAGUAAAAGAAAGAUAUGUACCUGUUGGAAUUGGUCCAGAGGAGGGCCACAAAUAUGAUCGGAGAUCUGGAAGACUUCUGCUGUGAAGAAAGGCUGAGAGAGUUGCGAUUGUUCAGCCUGGAGGAGGCUCCAGGCAGACCUUAUUGCAGCCUUUCAAUGUAUAAAGGGGGCUUAAAAGAAAGAUAAAGCCAGACUUUUUACUAAGCCCUGUAGUGACAGGACAAGGAACAAUGGGUUUAAACGAAGAGAGGUUAGAUUUAGUUUGGAUGUAAGGAAGAUAUUUUUUUACAAUGGGUGCAGUGAGACACUGAAAUGGGUUUCCCAGAGAAGCUCGGGAUGCCGCACCAUUGGGAAUUUUCAAGGUCAGAUGCAGAUGGAGCAACCUGAUCUGAAAUAUGUCCCUGUCCAUGGCAGGGUGGGUUGCACAAGGUGAUCUUUAAAGGUCCCUUCCAACCCAAACUAUUCUAUGACUGUACCUUCAUAUGCACAGAUAGGGCCUGUCUGCGGGAUCAGGUGCAAUUUCUCCUGACAGCAGAGUACCUCAAACAUGAAAAGUAUCUCAGACAGACCCCAUAAGGGAUUGAUUUACUAACUAAAUACAGAAAAAGUCUAUGUAACACAAUUUCUUCUCGUAUUUAAGUUUUAAUUUGUGUUAAGCCCUCUGCCACAAGUCAUUAAUCCAGUAAUGCUUCCAGUUAUCUAAACCCCAUGUAUUUUCAUAUUUUGAUGUCACAAAACUUUCCAGACAAAUGAGCUAGUCCGGUAAUGAAUCCUUUCCAGGGAGUCAUAUUUCCCUGAGUACUAUUCACCACUUUAUGUGCAUGAGCUUGAUCUGCAGCAUUGGAAAUCUAAUAGGACAUAAAAGAAAAGCUAUGAUGAAAUGCAAGACAUCGUUCACACACUUUUCUAGUCAUUUUUGUUAGCUAAAUGUCUGUGGAGAAUUUAAACUGUAUGACCUUUUAAUAAUUAGAUGUUAUUAUGGUCAGAAUGUAUUUCUAACUAGUGCAGAAGAACAGAGGUUACUUAACAGGUACCUGUCCAUCAUGGUUUUUAACAUGAAGGUCGAAGUGAUCACUUUCUGCUGCUACUAGUCAUAUUCAUGAUGCUAGUACUGUGCAUUACUUAAUAUAAUAGCUGAUGUAAAAAUUUCAGUCCUUUGUACCAGCUGUAUUUCGGAAGUUUGAUUGUAAUUUUGAUAGUGCUUCCUCAACUAUUAAGUUACAGUAACAUGAUAAAUUAAAUUGUGUGACUAUUACAAUUUACAACAACAUUUGGAAGAUAAACUGCAUUUAGAAUGGAAUUGUAGUGGAAUCUUCUCAGUUUUUCAUGAACUUGAGAACACUGUUCUUUUAGAACUUCUCAUUGAUGCUUUAUUAUACUAUCUAAAUACAUAUUUUUUAAAGGCUUCAUUUAACGAAGAGUCAUGAAUCAGCUUUAUUCUACUAAAUACAAGAACAAAAUUCAAAAAGCCCAGCAGAUGGAAUGUUUCAUACGUAGUUUGAUGGCAUGGGUGCUUUCACAGAAAUAUGACACACCCCGUGUCCUAAAUAAGUCUAAUAUAUUUUGGCAGUAAAGUGUUCUAAUCACACAGUAAAAUAGGGAAUGGCUCCCUGGUAGAACAGAGUCCUAGACAAGAGGUUUUAUCUUCUUUCAUCUUUACACAUCUGGCAACUCUGGCUGAAGAUUUUGAGAUUUUGAGGAUGCUUUCUUCUCUCUUCUGUUACCACCAGAAAACUACACCCUCCUGUCCUAAAAGUACAGUAUCUUUCCAGGUGGCUAAGUCAUCAAUGGCUCUUUUAGGUAGUUAGCAAGAUUCUGUUGAUAAUUCCUCAGCUGUCUGCUAAAAACACUUAAAAUAGUGUGAAUCCUAGACUUUUGCAAUUUCUAUGAGAAAUCUUUUGUCUGUCUGCAUGCUGCUGUGGGUAUCAAGAUCAAGACCACUAAUUUCUUUAAGUAAAUCUUAUCACUGAUUUUUUUUUUUUUUUUUUUUCCCCAAACAUUUUCAAAAUGUUUUCCCUGUGAUUUGUGAAAUCAUAUUUUCGAGUGUUCGGAUAACCAUGAUGUAUAUACAAUGUGAUGCUUUUGUAUUGUAAAAGUUUCGCAAGUUUUGUUGAAAUGACAGCUAUCCAAAAUAGUACUUGUAAGACUUGGUCAGUAGAGAGGCUACAGCAGUCAAGGAAGAAAAAAAAAAAAAAAAGAGAUUAGGCUUUAAAUGUCUUGCUAUAAAUGUCUUGGUUAGGUUGGAGGGCUAAAAAUAUUAUUGCUGAUACUAAAUAUAACUCAUGCAUAUUGGAAAGAUUUGAAAACUCUUCCACUAUACUGUGCAGAUCAGCACUGCAAAGAUGACAUAUUUAACACCCAGAACCCUGGAACAGAUUGGGAGACCGGACCAUUGGUUAACAGCAUCCAAGUUUUUUUGCUCUGAAGUUUUAUUACUCACUGUCAGGCGUAGCAAACAGAAAUAUGUGUACUCAUAUACAGAAUUAGGAUUAGACUACAGCCCUUUUCCAUCACAGAAGGCAAAAAUAAAUUGUUUGUUCAGUUAUUUAUUUGUUUAAUAAGAUUUCAGUGGAUGAUAAGCAGAGGUCUAACUGAAUAAAAAGAUCACCUCUUUGCAGAGGAUCAGCAUAGGACCUAUACAACACACAAGUUCAUGUCAAGGCUUUAUAUGGGAUUAAUACAGAUCUAGCACUGUCACUGAGAAAUUUUGCUUGUUUUUUGUCGUUUGCCUUGUAUCUUCUUAUUUGUGCUGCUGAAAAGCACUAAUACGGUUUCUGUUUUGAUAUGCAUGGUAUUCUGUGUAAUUGCAAAGGCCACAAUUAUGAAGGAAGAACCAACAUCUAGAUUGAUUUGAAUCUUACAGCACAUUUCAGACUGCAGUCCAUCAUGGUUGUAAAGUCUAUCCAUGUGCCAAAUUUUUCCUUUUUGAUUUCAUUUUUAAUUUAGGAAUCACUUUUGGGGGGUUUUGUUUGGUUUUGCCUAAUAUAUAAUUUAACUGAGGAAACAGCUAAUAGACCUAGGAAAAGUAAUUUCUAAUAAUUCAUUAAAUUUGAAGUCAUUGGGUUUAAACAUUUCUGUUUAGAAAAGUAAAGAAAAACCUAUACACAACGAGUUAUGACAGAUUAGUAAUUCAGUGAUGGAAUGAUGCUUUGUGGAGUUCAUCAUCAUGAUGAAAGUCUCAGUGGAAGAACAGUACUUUGUAAAUAAUGAAAGGUUGGAUCUGAAAUCUAGUUUUGAAAGCCACCAUAAGUUAUUAUGUGAGAUGCUUGUCUGAUAAGCACUUGCAGACAGCAAUAACACUGUUUUUUGCCAAGGAAGUGGUUGAAGCAGUUUCAAAGAAACCUCAGUGAAAAAUAUUCCUGCGAAUACUUUGAUAGUAAGUGAUCACACUGAGGUGAUUACCAGGCACAAUAAUUUAUUUAGUUUUAUGUUCCAUCCAUUUCCCUGGAACUGCUCAUGUGUUUAAAAGAGUCAAAACAGAUGCAGAAGGAUUUGAAGAAGACAAGCUUUGCAUAUAUUUUCACUGAAAUGUUUCAUUAUAAUUCUCUCAAGUUCCCCAAAGCAGGACAGUUGAACUCUCCCUGUGGAAGAAACAAUUCAAGCAAAGUUCUUCCACUGCUCUGCAUAACAGUGAUGAAUUCCAUAUUUAAAAAUCUUUCUGUGUGUUUAAAAAGGAGUCACCUUUGAAUCACACACAUCUUUCUUGUUUGUGUACAUGUGGAAGUUGAAAGCAUGUCCAGGUACAGUUUGCACUUCAAAGUUCUGUGUAAAUUGAUACAGGCCCAGCAUUUUUCACAAAAUGUCAAGCUCUUAAUUUGCUCAUUCUGCUACAAAACACGAGAGCUUUUUUUUUUCUUUUUUUUCUGAAAAGGUCAUAUUUAUUGGAAACAGCUGAAAUGUGAAUUUUAAGCAGCCAAUACCAGUUUGAAAUUGGAAUGGGAGGAGUGGGUGCUAUAUUCAAGUAGCAUUUUGCUUCUCCCAUUCUUUCACACACUAAAUGAGGAUAGAUGUUGUUAAGACAUGAUUUAGGUGUUUCACUCCAGAGGGAAGUUCUGACUGUGAAUCCUCAUACUAAAUAUUUAUCACUCAGUGUUUUAAUUCAGGAGAGGAGAAGUGGGAAGAUCUCACUCAAGUGUCUUAAGGUUGUGGAAAACAUGAUAAAUAAAUAUCAGAUGGCUCAUCCUAUAAUUUUGUAACCCACAUACAUACAGAAAAUGCAUACAGAAAGAGACAGUUUACUUAGCAUAUUUUCUUCUGUUGGAGGAGAGUCUGAGUGACAACACAGCCAUUGGUCCCAGCCAGCACAGGUUCAUGAGGGGAAAGUCUUGCCUGACCAACUUACUUUCAUUCUACAACAAGGUUACCCACCUAGUUGACCAAGGGAAGCCUGUCGAUGUGAUGGUUUUGGAUUUCAAUAAAGCCUUUUAUACUGUCUCUCACAGCAUCCUCCUGGACCACAUGUCCAGCAUACAGCUGGAUAAACACACAGUGCAGUGGGUGAGCAAUUCGCUGAUGGGCCGGGCUCAAAGGGUUCUAGUAAACGGGGUUAUGUUGGGCUGGUGAUCAGUCAGUAGAGGGGUUCCACAGGGAUCCAUCUUGGGCCCAGCACUCUUCAAUGUCUUCAUAAAUCACUUGGACACAGGACUUGAGGGAUUGCUUAGUUAAGUUUGCUGAUGACACAAAAUUGGGAGGAGCUGUUGAUACUGUUGAGGGCAGAGAGGCCCUGCAGAGGGAUCUGGACAAACUGGAGAACUGGACAAUCACAAACCACAUGAAGUUCAACAAGGACAAGUGCUGGAUUUUGCACCAGGGACAUGGCAACCCUGGCUGUACAUACAGGCUGGGGAAUGAGAGGCUGUAGAACGGGGCUUCUGGUUGACAUCAAGUUGAAUGUGAGCCAACAGUGCCCUGGCAGCCAAGAGGCCACCUGUGUUCUGGGUGCAUCCAGCACAGCAUUGCCAGCCGGGCAAGGGAGGUGAUUGUCCCACUCUGCUCUGCACUGGUGCAGCCUCACCUGGCGCACUGUGUGCAGUUCUGGGUGCCACAGGAUAAAAAGGGUAUAAAACUACCAGGGAUUGUCCAGAAGAGGGCUGCAAAGUUUGUGAAGGGUUUGGAGGGGAAAAUGUAUGAGGAGCAGCUAAACUUGCUAGGUUUGUUCAGCCUGGAGGAGACUGAGGAGAGACCUCAUCACUGUCUACAGCUUCCUCACAAGGGGAGGAGGUAGGGUCAGCGCUGAUCUCUUCUCUCUGGUGACCAAUGACAAAACCCAAGUGAAUGGCAGGAAGAUGUGCCAGGAGAGGUUUAGGUUGGACAUUAGGAAAAUCUUCUUCACCCAGAGGGUGGUGAAGCACUGUAACAGGCUCCCCAGGGAGGUGUCAUGGCCACAAGCCUGGCAAUGUUCAAGAAGAGACUGGACAAUGGCCUCAGACACAUGGUGUCAAGUGCGGGGUUGUCAUACACAGGGACAGGAGUUGGACUCGAUGAUCCUUGUAGGUCCCUUCUGACUCAGGACAUUCUAUGAUUCUAUGUUUUUAACAGUUAUGAAUGAAUCCAUUUAAGCUCAAAAGAGUUGUUUACUUUUGGCACCAAAGACUCCAAGCUUAAUUUCAAUGUUUUAUGAACUGUCAAAAGUCCUUAUAGCAUGGCAUAGAUAACCUUCAAAUAUUCAUCUUUUUUAGAUGACAAGCAAAUGAAUCUGGAAGUUAUUUAAAACCUCACAUAAAAACAUAAGGCACACUUUGCAAAUAAUUUGUUCAGUAUAGGUGCGAAGUGGUGGAGAAAGGAACCCAAAAAUAUUAGAGUAUGUGGUGAAAAUAUUAAUAAACGGAGAACAACAAUGUGAAUUUGAAAGUCAGAUCUACUGUCUUACAAAUGGACCAAUUCACCUAAUUGUUGUAAAUCUUUGAUGUACUCUGUAAUGAAAGAUAGCUAUGUAUUUGUGUGUUCUAUUGACAAUUUACUAUGUAUUUCUGUGCAUACAGCUUGAAAUCCUAAUUAAUUAAAUAAUAGAACAAAAAUGGAACACCACCAUCUCUGAAUCUUGAAAUCAAAUCAAUCUAUAAUAUAUUAAUAACAACCUGGAAUGAAUCAAUUAAUUCAAUUCCUGGAAAUCUACAGGUAUGAUGUUAUUGAACCUAUUAUGAGCCCUCUGAAACAGUAACCCUAUAUAUCAGAGAGACGGGGCUUGACAUCAAUAUAGGGCUGCAAUGACACAAUUUUAGGGUACUGUUUUUCAAGCAACAGGUACAGCUAACCCUUAUCUUGCCUAAAUAUUCUCUUAGAAUAUGGAACGUCUUCCAACUGUCACUCUCCUUUUUAUGGUGAACUAGUUUUAUGUAUAUGCUCAAAACUUAAAAUGAGUAGUGAUUAAGUUAGUAACUUCUGGAAUAUAUCUGUGGAUACAGUAAUAUUUUAAGAUAAUUUCAAUCAUACUACAAAUUAUGGACAGUAGUAAGUAAACAAAAAGUUACAAAAAAAAAAAAGAAACAAUAAUUCUUUAGUUUGCACGGUGGCUUAGAAUACAUUCAGGAACAAGCAUAGAUUAGCGACACAGUAGUCUUUGUCAGAGUUAGUAUGAUAUUCAAAGGACAACAAAAAAAAAUAGACCAUAUCACUGAAAGACUAUUCCCCAAAGCAAUAAGCAGGGAUCAAAAGCCUCCUACCUCUGCAAUAAGCAGGGAUGAAAAACUGCUAUUUCAGAUAUCACAUGGCAUCAUUUUAGUUAGUAUCUCUAACCACGGUUUUCCUUUGGACCCUUGUUUCUGUGGUUGGUACAACAAGAAGAAUUUCUCACUUUUUCCUAUGUUUUACACUGACAGGAUAGCAAAGGCUUCCAUUAUGGUGUGAAUGCUGAAGGAAGACACAUCUUUUUGGUAUUUAUAAAUAUCAAAGUUCACGGCUGAGAUGCCAGCAUUUUUUCUCCUUGCAUACUUCCACAGCAUUCUUCAAAACAAAAAAGACAUUCAGUUGCUUUGCUCUGAUAGCAUGAAUAGGGUAACAGUUGGGCAUAGCCCAAAGAUCACUUAUUCCCACUAUUUGUUAUGAUUCUCUCUUGUUUCUAUCAGCAAAAACUGUGUUUCAAAGACGAAAUGUACAACACCUGGAAAGGAGAUGUCCUCACAGGCACAACAUUUAUGGCAUCAUCCAUUUCCUCUUCCUGGUGCUUACCUUAACCUGCCUUAUUUAUUUUGUUGUGGUCUUUCUUUCUUUCUUUCUUGCUUGCUUUCCUGCUUUCCUGCUUUCCUUCUUGCUUUCCUUCUUGUUUUCCUUCCUGCUUUCCCGCUUUCCUGCUUUUCUGCUUUCCUUCUUGCUUUCCUUCUUGCUUUCCUGCUUUCCUGCUUUUCCUUCUUUUUUUAAUGUUCAGUGCCCAAAUGACUAAUAUUUUAUUUCCCUGUUCCCUUUAACUUCUCAUAUUUUCACUUACAUUU